CCUCCACACAGUGUGGUUACUGUGUGUGGCUCUAUCGCUCACGAGCAGAAAAUGGAUGAGAUCACCUCCGAUGCGGGCAGUGUUGCCGUCCCUUCCGCCGACGUUCCUCCGCCUUUGAGGCAAGGCGAGACUUUCCACGUCUUCAUCAGCUACAGCAGCACCGACUACCAGUGGACGCACGCCCUCAUAGAGCAUCUGGAAACCCGCGGCCUUCGCGUCUGCUACCAUGAGCGUGACUUCACGGCGGGCCGAACAGUGCUGGAGAACAUGUCUGAGUGCAUCCAGGAGAGUCAGAAAGUCUUGCUGGUCCUCAGCUCGGAGUUUGUGAGGAGCCGCUGGUGUCUCCUGGAGGCCAACAUGUCUCUGUUUAGAGACUGCCUAGAGAGAAAGCCCCUUGUCCCUGUGCUUUUGGAGCCAGGGGUCUGCGUCCCGCUCCAUCUGUGCCACCUCACCUACUUGGAGGCUCGUGACCCGGAGUUUGUGGCCAAGUUGCUGAAGGUGCUUUGCACCCCUAACCGGCAGCUCCAAGGCUCCACGGUGGUUCCCUACCAACCUCCAUCCAUCUACAAUGGGAAGGCCCUGCAGCCUUUAACUGCUGCUAACUUGGAAAGUCUUUACUCCUGGAAUGCGGGGCAAUUCAGUGACAUGGACCUACCAGACCAACUGCGCUUGAUCAUUGUGGACCAUGAGAAGUACAGGGAGGCCAUCGGCAUCAUCAACAGUGUGUCUCAAUAUCAAGUGUGGCCGCUGUCACUCUGUGAUAGGAUUUUUGGAUAUUUUUAUGGUGUGAUAUUUCUUCUCUUAUUAAUUGCAACUUUCACCUAUCUCUCAUUUGCUUUAGCUGGUCAUUUGAGUAACUACGACUUUUCCGGUAAAUGGUUUACCUGUUUCCUAUGUUUCUUCUCCGUUCCAAUUGGCUUAUUCAUUCAACUUUGUCUUUGGAAGAACGAUGACAAUAAGUAUGUAGUCAGGGAGAUGCAAAAAGCUGCAGGUCAGGCAAAUGUAAUUCUCUUUGAGGAAAAGCUUCUGAUGGGUUUUCGGUCCAAUUCCAUUAUGUAUCUGGUGUAUGUUUCUCUUGAAAGUUGCAAAGGGGAGUUCGCAGCAAAUUUUGAGCAUCUGGGCAGCACAGAGGAGCUCUUUAAAUUAGCGCUACUCUGGUUCUCGUCAGAAUACGCCUGCUGCCUUGCGAAAAGGCACUUCCCUUUUUCUCAGCCGUGCCCUACGCCAGGUCACCUGGAGGGAGGAGUGUGUUUUUGCCAGUAUGUCUCCCGACAACUGAGCCGAGGGGAAUGGAAGUGAGAGUACUGAACACCCCGAAGCUUCAUUUUCAUUGCUUCAUCUUAACUCAUUCACUACCAUUGACAGUAAUAGACAUCAAACUAGGGAUGUCCCGAUCCAGGUUUUUGCACUUCCGAUCCGAUACAGAUAUUGUUUUGCACUUCUGAUCCGAUACCGAUACUGGCCGAUACCGAUACCGGCCUAUCUGAGCAUGUAUUAAAGUUUAAAGUUAUUUAGCCUCCUUACUUAGUUGUCAGACUCAUGUUGAAAAGGGUUUUAGUACUCUUGAUAACAACAAGCCAGCUGAAUUAGGUGAGUUUGAAUAACACUAAACGGUUGGUAACAAGAAACUGACCUGUUUAUUCAGUGACAAACACAAAACAUUAUAAAUAACAAACAGAAAUGGCAUAGUCAGUCAGUAAAACGUGCUAAUAAUAAUGUAAACUGUCUUAAAAAAGCAAAACACACAAACAACCUCAGUGGAAAAUCCCACAAACCCCCCAAGCUAGAUGCUUUUAAUGUUUCGUGCAUUAGUACAAUAAUUGUAUAAAAAGCCUCUCAGGUUUAAAUAAACGACUAUUUCAGUAUCAAGUUGGUAAAUGUAACAUUUUAAAACAGAAAAUGAAAUACUCAAGUCCCCAUUCUGUAUCAGCAGCUUUAAACUACAUUCAUUUCAUUUAAUUUUGCGAAUCAACUGUUAAAGUUGUUAAAAUUGCUCCCGUUAUUCCAUAAUUUCCCUUCUGUCUACUUUCGACAUGUGAAAGUUUUAAAACUGUUUUGACGAUAGAUUCAAGUAAAGAUUCAGUCAAGAUUUUGCCGAUUUAGGAGUAUUUUAGAUAAAAAGUUAAUUAGGUUCACUUGGAAGGUUCACAACAGCCUACUAGGGAAGUCUCCUGCUUUAAGAUGGCGGCUGUUUACUAACGCAUACUUCAAUGUUGCUAACGCCGUCGAGUCUGUCAUUUUGCAUCUAGCUCUAUAUACAUAUGAUAUCUAUUAUCUACAGUAAAACGAUGUUGACGUAGUUUGUAGCGGCUGUCAGCAGGAGUCAGGUAUUCUUGUGUUUUUUAUCCAGCGGCAUGAGUUGACCUAAAGCCGUGAGUCGAGCAUUGGCAUUACCCGGGUCUAUGACAAGCAUAAUGUUUACUCUCGGGACGCAAUGCGGUCCGUUUCUCAUUGCGUCCCAAAGACCGCGCUGUGUAUUAGUUCCGCUUCACUUGACAUAUUUCAAUAAUCGGAAUUUGGAUGUUUGUGAAUGGUUCUCGAAUCUUCCACGACCGAAUCGCUCAAGGAUGUAAUGACGGCUGGGCAUGUUGACCUGACCGGAUUUUAGGGAAACCGAAGCAAAAACUGGAAUGGAUUAUGUAAAUCGAUGCGCUGGAAAACCCGGACCGGACUUUCAAAAAAAAAAAACUGGAUCGGAAGUCUGGAUCGGAAUUUUUCCGUGUCAGCCGAUACCGAUGCACAUUUUUUUGCCCAUAUCGGCGGAUCGGAUCGGGAAAUCUCUACAUCAAACCCAUUUGAACUGGGAUGGUAGGCAUUGAGUGGCAUAGGCGGAGUUUGACUUUUGGGGCAGGGGAGGCGCAAAUUGUUGAUGACCCUGAAACGCAGUGUCAGCAAUAAAAUUAAACUUUGUAGAAUAUUUAUAAUAAUAAGUUGACAAUGAGUGUUUUUUUUUGUUUCCCAUCAUUCUUGAGGGGAACUCUAAAUCAGGCUGCUUAGGCAAUACUUUUUGCCAAGAUCGUCAUCCAUUGAUUAUGGUACGCCCGCUGGUGUCGUGCCAAUGUAGUUACCCCAGUCAAAAAUUGUAUCCCCUGGGCAGAGCCAAAUGGAGGUAGAUUUGUGUCAUUAUUAUUCAAUCCAAAAAAAAAGUUGCUUCUAGAGCUGAAACGAAUACUCGAGCAACUCGAGUUUAAAAACUGAUCCGAGUAAUUUUUAUUCUAUUAUAUUAUUAUUUUAUUUAUAUUAUUUUAUUAUUAUAUUAUAGGCUACGUUCAUACUACAGAUCUUAAUGCACGAAUCCGAUUUUUUCGUGUUUUUCCGACUCGAGUGAGGCAUUAACUUGACGGUCUGAACGUGACAAGUCGCAUAGAACGGGACCAUUUCAAAUCCGAUCUGGGUCACUUUCGUAUGUGGUCUAAAUCCGAUCUGGGCCACAUUUUUCCAGACUGUCGCGGCGGUCUGUACUGUCCAGUCCCGCAAAUCGGAUUUAAUGCAGCAAUUACGUCAUCAAAUAGCGAGAGAGUCGUUACCGUAGCGAUGCACCUGUGCGUUAUUAGCGCCUAGCUUGAAGAGAACACGGCUUUUGGGGAAGGGCUGAGCUUGACAACAGUCAUAAAAAAUAAAAAUGGGUUGAGGAUAAGCCUGAGAAUGCUCAGUUUUCUCUCUUUUCCAAGUGAGCAAUAUUUCAACAUUGCCUCCACGGCCGAGUGUCGGGACAAACUGCCCGUAUGUGGGUGUGACGUGCACGGACAGUGCGUGCAUGCUAUCGAUCCAUAUAAACUUUGAAUAUAAGCCUAAACGGGGAUUAUUUAUGUUAUUUGUGUCCUCCUUUUGAAAAGCCAAAUAUGAUAUCCCUGGAAUGACGGAUGACGUGUGUCAUUUGUUUUGAUGCUUCUGCGCAUGCGGGUCUUCUUGCUUAGCGCGUGUCGGACUGCGAAUUAGUGUGCAUGCGUAAUACUUGAACGGUCUCAAUGGAUAAAGGCAGUCUGAACGGGCACGCCAAAAAAACGGAUAUGACAAAAAAUCGGAUUCGUGCAUUAAGACCUGUAGUAUGAACGUAGCCAUAGAGAUCACAUGUAUGUUGAACUAGAUGUGUAAUGACAGACUCGGCCGCGUCUGGGCAGCGUUAGUCAACAGCCGCCAUCUUAAAGCAGUAGAGCGCUAAGCGCUAAUAAAGAGUGCUAAGCGCUAAUAAAUAAGAUUAACGUUACUGUCGCUACUAGCUCACGUAACGUUAGCCCUGCGGAGGGCUAGGUUUCUAUUAAUUAUGACCACUUUCGAUGCGUGGCUAAUGUGUCUUACAUACAGGCUUUAACAUAACAUAGCGUUGUGGAGUGAUGAGGGUGUAAAAUAAAAACUCAAUAAUGCUAACUAUCAAUUUUAACUCAGUAGUCAUUGCUGGAUAAAACACCAAGUAGCACUGGUCCCUAAUGUGCUCCAAUACAGCCUGUAUCAUAUUUUUAUUUUGAACACAGCAAAAACUCAAAAUCCUAUCAGGACUUACAGUUUAGACUAACUUAAAACUUAACUAGAACUUAAAAAUGGCUUGACACAAAUAGAAAUUCAAUUGAAACACGUGGGAAAAAAUCCUAACUUUUAAGUGAUGUGUGUUAUCAAGCGUAACGGCAUUUUUAGGUAUGUAUAUAUUUUUUAAAUAAGAUCUAAAGGUUUUUUUGAGUGAAAGCAGUGAAUUAGUCUUUUUUUUUUAAAUUCUAGUUACAUCUGAGAUGCAGUUGUUGGCUGUUUUCAACAAUAUACAUCGAAAAUAAAGACAUUGAUUGACUGAAAAUGGUUCAAGAUUAGAUGAAAUGUCUUGUUUUCUCAUAUAUAUUUAUAAUUGCUCUUCACCUAAAAAUAGAUUUGUUUUAUCCGAUUACUCAAUUAACCGAUAGAAUUUUCAGUCGAUUACUCAAUUACUAAAAUAUUCGAUAGCUGCAGCCCUAGUUGCUUCAAUAAAAAAAAGUUGCUUCAAUCAAAAUAUAUGUUUCAACCCCAAAAAAAGGUCGCUUCAAUCCCAAAAAAAGACAAGUGUUUGAAUCCAAAAAUAAAUAUAUAACUCAAAAAAUGCAUGUGAAAGCUAUUUUUCUUUGAUUUAUUUUUGGGGGGCGUGGGGGGGAUUGAAGUUGUUUUUUUUAAUGCAAGUAAUGUUGAUUUGUGUUUGGGCCACAUUUUGGUUAUUUUGUAUUUAUUAUUCAAUCAAAAAAUAAAAAAUUGCUUAAAAAAAAUUCAAAAAGAAAAAUCAAUCAAAAAAAAGAACAAUUUCCAUCAUGGAAAAGUUUUUUGAACGCGAAAAAAUAUUUGAGAUUGAAAUUUUUGCGUUUGAACACUUAAUUUUUCAUUGAAAAAGUUUUCUUUGAUUGAAGCAAUCCUUUUUUUGUUGGGCCAUAUUAUGGGUAGGACAUUUAUGUCUAAAUCAUUUAAUCCCCAAAAAAGUUCAAUCCAAAAAAAAAAAAAAAAAAAAUUCAAUCAAAGAAAAAAAUCAUUUGAAAAAUAAAAUUGCCCUCCCCCAAUUUAAAAAAAGAAAAAAAUUAUACGCAAAGCAAAUGACCGUCUACGUUGCUAGUCACAUGAUCUGUUCGAAAAAUAAUUUUGACCCAUUAUAAAAAUAUAUAUUUUUGUUCAUUUCAUUUAUUUUUGUGGCUGUUUUAUAACUUAUAUAUAUAUAUAUAUAUGUAUAGGAAAGUCAAUUCCAUGCAAUGACACUUUUUCCCUUAAAAUUCGCUUAUGUUGAGUGGCCCUUCCAGUCAAAAGGGGUUAGAUGUCUCUCACCGUCAGUGGUAGCCAAUGAGUUAAUAAAGGUACUUAUCUGGAAUCGAACGCUCGCUGCCAGCCCUCUCAGUCAAAAUGGAUUGGACGUCUACCGCCGUCAAUGGCAGCCAGAGAGUUGAUGAAGGAACCAAAUACUGAUAACAUUUCAAAUUUUACACAGUAAUACACAGACAAAUAUCGACAGUAUUUUAUCAGAUUUUACAUUGUAGUACAGUAGUCUAUAUUUUUUUUAAGUCUGAAAAUUGACUCGGCGUAUAAAACCUACCACUUCUAUACGGUGAUCAACUCGUCUUUUUUAAGGGUCAUUUAUCUUUCUGCAUAUUUUCAUAAUGAAGAUAAAGGCCCUUCAUUUCUAAAGUGCUGUUAAAGUCACCUACAUUCUUGAUAUUUCAUUUUAAAAUCUCUACCAUAAUUGCAAAUUGUCUCAACUUUUACUAACAUUAGAGCAUUUUCAUAAUUAAUUUAUGAACAGAUUCCUAUUGACUUCAAGUUACAAAAACUAGAGUUGUUUGUCAAAAGCGUUUGAAAAUGAUAUCGGAUAAUAUCGACAUCGGUUUUGGGCCAAUAUGCACAUGGUAGUGCUGUCAUUGCCUGCCUGGGUUUCUGGUGUCCUGUCGCCCCCUGCUAGUGCUUAGGUGUAGUUAGGUUUGAUAAGUUCCAGCACUUUCUGCUGACGUAAUCAUGUGUUGACGCUCAGUGUUGCCAACUUGACAAGUUUAUCGUUAAAUCUGGUGACUUUCUAAAGCCUCUUGGCAAAAACGACUAGUGACAAAUCUAGCGAGUUUUUGCUGGUAUUUUUUUAUUCGCUCUUUGCUUCUGCUACGAUGUUAUCCCUCUCUCCUACAGCAUCCAACAAUUACAUGAAAAUGGCAAAUUAUACAAUUUAGGUGAUAACGUCAUCUAGCGACUUCUAGCAACUUUUAAGACAGACAAUAGCCACUUACGUCACUGGGGAGAUGGCAACACUAACUGCGAAUAGAGAGUGCUAAAUGGAUGAGCUAACGUCUGCAGCCGGUGUACCAUAGCAGUAUUUGACAUCUCACCACGUAGUAUAUUGGAGAAGUGUAUAUUUCGUUUUGUUUGCAUUUGUGCGAAAAUAUGGUUACAUUAUUUCAUUGCUUGCGAGCUGUACUACCAGUUGCAAUUCAAAUUGACACGUGGUGUAUACUUUGCUUUAUAUUGUGAAUUUGUUUCAUACUAUUGACACAAUGUUUUGUUGUUUUCGGUUUUGCAAAAAGUAUCACUGCUCUUGUCAAGAGAAAGAUGACCAAAGUGAAGCCAAUUCAACUUUAUGCCAUCAUUUCACUUCUCUUUAGACUACAGCCUGAUAUGUUCGCUCUCUUUCAAUUUGUGUACCCCCACACACUUUGAGGACAGAAAAAGGGCUUUACUGGCACUUUGCACUUGCACUUGAGCCAAAAAAAACUGAUCUUUGAACUCUUUUGAUUUCAACAGUAAAUAUAGUGGUGCAACCAGGGGCGGACUGGGAAUAAAAAGCAGCCCUGGACUUUGACUCAGCCCAGCCCACAAGAAUCGCUAUACGAAGGGAAACACAGACCCCCAAGGGGGGUCCGGGGGCAUGCCCCCCCCCCCGGGGAGAAUUUUUGUUGUUGUUGUUUUUUUUUACAUUUUAUUGUAAAAUGCAUCAAUUUCGUGCACUUUGAGAGAAAAUGAAGAAAAUGUGUCUAGACUGUGACUGUCUGACUUGGGGCGCUCAAAGUACUGCAAGGCUGAACUGGAGUUGGAUUCAUUUUCUGUACUAGCUCUAUGAUCAACCUGAAUAAACAAAUGAAAGAAUUUAUUUUUCAAAGCA